AGACCUGCGCGAUUUGUCUCGAAAAUCUGGACGCGACUGAAGCUGUGAGUCGGUCUAAAAAAUGUGGUCAUUGCUACCAUCAAGGAUGCAUAGAGGAUUUGAUUCAAUACAGUGCUCGUAAGUCCCCAUACGGGCUCCUGCACGGUACGACUUGUCCACUAUGUCGUCGCC